UGUCAGCCAGCAAGCUCAGACUUCCUUCAAAGGGAGGCUGAAAUGGCCUAAGCAAGGGCUUGCAAUUGAAAUUAGCACAGCCCCUGUUCCAGCCUGGGGCAGAGGCCUGCCUGAAUGCGCAGGUCACGUGGUGUGGGUGCGUGCACAGGAAAAGCGCGGGAAAGGUGGAGAGGGCUGCGCCUGCGCAGUAGCAGGCAGUCGGUUAGUGCGCAGACCUGCCCAGCCGAGGAUGGAGGCAUGGAGCCGCCCCAAGACAUGGAGAAGGUUUCCAACACAGAAGAUGAUCACAACAGGCGGGUCCAUUCCCUGUACACAGCACCGUUAUUUCAGAGAAUUUCCCAAACCAACUUGGAAAACAUGCAAGCGAGGGGGUCGGAAUUCUCUUCUGCAGCCUGGACCGUCCAGGGGCGGGACAAGACCUCUAAUCUGUCCAAAGUCAAGUCCAAGGAGGGUCCUGGGUACCGGCUGCUGAAUAUGCUGAGAAAAACUCUUAAAGGGUCUGAAAAUAAAGAACCAGAAGUAACACAUGAGGCACCAAGUUUGGUGCCAUUUGGGGAUGUGGUCGGCUGCCUGGCCAUUCAUGUAAGAAACUGCAAACAUUUUACGCCUAAGAUCAUUUCCCAGCAUUACAGUAAUUUGUUCAUUCGCAUCUCUAUUAACAAUGUGGUGAAAUGUACAAAAACUUAUAGCUUGAUAUCCCAAAACACUGAAAAGGACAUUAUGAUUACAUUUGAUGAAGUGAAGUAUUUUUCUGUACAGGUUCCCAGACGUCAAGAUGAUGAGAAGAAUAAUAUUCACUUAGAACUAAUGCAACAUGACAAUACAAAAAAGUAUCUUCUCUUGUUAGGGAGUGUUCAGGUACAUCUUUAUGAAGUAAUUCAGAAAGGGUGCUUUACUGGAGAACUCCAAGUGUUGAAUAAAAAUACAUUUAUCUGCAGAGUGGAGGUGGAAUUUAUGUUCUCCUAUGGAAACUUUGGUUAUGGAUUUUCACAUCAGUUAAAACCGCUUCAGAAAAUUAUUAAGCCAUCUAUGUUUAUGGAUAUUGCACCACCUCCAGAAAGAACAGACCCUGUGACAAAUGUUAUUAUACCACAGCCAAUAGCAUAUCCAGCAUUCUUAUCCCCAGACCUGAAUGUUACUAUUGGGGUGCCAGCUACAACAUCCCAGUCCAACCAGCCAUCUGUCGUGCAACUUGAAAAACUUAAGCAACAACCCCGGGAAAGGCUGGAGAAAAUGAAAAAAGAAUAUAGACAUCUAAGUACAUGGGCAGAAAAAGCUAGCUAUUUAGAAGGACUUCUUACCCCAGGAUUAGAACAUAAAGAACCUAAGGAAAGUAAUAUCAAUGAGAUACCAGAAAGCCAAUUGGAAGAGAGACCUACAGAUACUGUAACAUCAGGUAUCUCUCUUAUAAAGGAGGAAGCUGAGACUAUUCCAAGUGAGUUACUGGAUAAUGAUGAUAAGAAAGGCCUGAGUCUACCAACUUUGAACCAGUCAAGUAAAGAUGAUUCAAGUGUUGUUGCUCCUAAAACUGACAUGCCAUCAAAGGAAACAGAUACUCCAUUGUCCACUAUUCCUAGGCUGCCAAUAACAGAAGAGAACCAAAUACCACCUUUAGAGGAACACCAGCAAGAAGCCAUGCCAGUGAAAAAAAUGAAAAAUCUCUUCUUUCUACCAGAAGAAAAAUUAAAAGAUAGAUACCCAGGCCUUUUGAAAACUGACUCAUAUCCAUCAGAGAGUUCACCUUCUUACUGUUGCACAAAGGAAAAUUUAAAUAGACCUUGUAGUUUAGAUGAGUUAAUGCAAGAUAAAGCCUGUGGUCAGAAAAAUACAAAUAGAAAAGGAAAAUCAGUGGUUUUCUCACCAAAAGAAUACAUUUCACCGUGUUUCAACCCAGAAUAUACAGAAUUCAAACCAGCAUAUCAGAAAUUCAACAUCAAGAAUGGUUUUGAUCCUUUUCUAAGGAAUUUAAACAACAAAAUGUCAGUUCAAAAAAGGAAAGACCAAGAUAUGCUCAAAUGUAGAAAUAUUUUAAGUGCAGAGAUUAUAGAGCAUGAAGAUCAAGAUCCUCCUUACCCAACACAUUCAAAAACUGCAAGACCUGCUAGUAAAACCUGGCCCCAUAAUCUUGACAUCAUUUCAAUAAAGGCUUUAGACACUAAGAAUAAGUUAGCUGAUGAUCCUGGUAUCACCACAGUAAAGACUUCAGACCCUAUGAAUAAUGUGGCCCAUGAUCCAGGUAUCAUCACAAUAAAGACUCUAGACACUAAGAAUAAUUUAGCUCAUCAUCCUAGUAUCACCACAAUAAAGACUUUAGACACUAAGAAUAUGUUACAAGAAAGACUACCACAUGUUUCUUUACCAAACUUUGAGGGAGACUCAUCAGUGACUGGAAAAGUAAAUGUACAUAAAUGUCGCCUCUCAAAAUCAUUAAGUCUUACUUCCAACAUAGAAAAUUUAAAACAAUCAAUGGUGCUCAAGUCAAUUUUAAGUAAAAAUCUGCAAGACCUUUCAGAUAGAUUAUUUUCUACACCAGGUAUUUCUAUGGACCCUGAAGCAAGAAAGAAAAGUUACAGUUCUCCACUUCUGGUUAUCCAUGAUGAACAACCAAGUAGUUUAGAAGAUAAAGUAUUUGAAAAAAGUCAAGAUUUAAGUAACUGGCUUUCAGAAGGAGGCAUUUUAAAUUCAAAGUCUCUUUUAAGUCAAAUAAUUAAAAAUAUUCCCCCAGAUUCACUUUCAGAAGGCAGACCAGGAAAUUCUCCUGAGGCAGAAGAGGAACCUGUCUCUGAAAAACACUUACAGCCUGGUGAGAUAGAUUUUCCAACUAAAAAAAAGAGUAGUUUCAAAAAGAAACAUUCAAAAAGUGAAAUAUCUAGCUCCAAACCAGAUUUGAAUAGCCUUGUAUAUGAUUAUGUUAUAAAGCAAAUAUUCACUGCACCGAUCUUCUCCGAGUUGGCAAGAGGAGUGAAAGAAGCGAGUGAAACACAGAUAGACUCGCAGAGGCAGUUACCCACAGCUUGGGAGAGUUCGCUCUCUUCCAGUGUUCUAGUUCCCCACUAUGAAGAAAGCAAUAAUGAAAUAGAAUUUCCACCAGCCAAUUCUGUUAUAAGCCAGAUAAUACAGGCAUUUCCUGUAGAUACUCUUUUAGAAUCAGGGAUAAUCAAAGUGAUAGAAUUAGAUAAAGAAUACCAGAAAGGUUUUUUGCUGGAUACAGAGACAGCUUUUGCUGAAGAAAAGCCAAAGGAUUCCACAGAGGAGUAUUCAGAAAUCAGAGGCAAAGCAGAACCUCUUUCAGACCAGAAUUCAGCCAUCAUUCACCAAGAAACCACUUCUUCUUUUAAAAGAGUUGAAUUCAUAGACAAAGGCCAAAAUACAUCCCCACAUGAUUCAAAAUACCAGUCAACACCAGAUAAAAAAUCAGAUUUGCCAAGUAAUAAUGGUCAGAGACUUGAUAGAGAAGAAAAUGAUACAAGUUCUACUUUAGAAAACUUAUGUACCUCAUUAACAGGUAAACUUAAUGACUCUGAUGUAAUAAUGUUAAAAUCUUUUUUGAAAAACAUAUUUAACUUUUUUUUCAAAUAUAAUCAAUCUGAAAACAGACCACCAGAAAAAGAAUUAGAAAGACUAAUUCAACAUCCUUUUCCAAAUAAGACAGAAGACCUUGAAGAAAUCGAAGAGAAUUUUGAUAAAGCAGACAAAUUGGACAGAAAACCUGUUUUGAAUCCAAAGCUGCGUAUAUUUCUAGAAGAACUCUCAGAGUCAGAAAUAAAAAAUUUAAAAUCUGAAUUAAGUAAACAUGUCCAGCAUUACCUUGUAGAAAAGCUUUCAGAAUCAGGACAUAUCACCAAAGAAGACUUACCAAAAAUCUAUCAAAAUCUGUAUUUGAUGAAUGAGAAAGUAGAACCAAAAGGGCAAAAUAUUUUUCUGGAGAAAUAUUCAGAAACUGUAAAAGAAAUCAUGUCUUUUGUAAAUAAUUUUAAUCAUCAUUUCAUAGAUAAACAUUUGGAAAUAAAACUAAGAUCUUUUUUAAAUGAAGUUCUCCAAAACUAUUUCCUGAAAAACCUUUCAGAUAACAGUUUAUUUAAAGAGACAGAAUCUGACCCUAUGUGCUCAAAAGUAUCUUCUCUAAGAGCUCAAAGUGCCUCAGUAUCUUUCCAGGAGUUAGGGCAAGAUACUUCAAGCAGGAGUUUUGGCGGUAGACUUGAAAUAAACAUGAAAUAUCCCUUAAGUAAAUCUCUACAAAGCUAUCUUAUAGCUUUAUCAGAAAAUGAAAUCUUACAUCUAAAGGCUGAUUUAAGCAAACACUUCCAGAGCCUUUUUAUAGAAAAACUGUCAAAAUCAGGACUAAUCACAGAAAGGCAAUUAAAGGGGAUAAGCCAGCACAUAAAUUUGGUUAAUUUUAGUUCCACACCACUAAAAUGUAUAAACCCAGAUUUGUCUUUAAGAGAUGAAAAUCAGUUUGUGGCGGAGCAUUCAGACAAGCAAAAUAAAUAUUCAAAAAUUGCUCAGAAAACCACUUUACAAAAAGCUCCUGAGGAAAGACUUGUAGAAACAGAGUUGACCAAAAAGGAAGAAAAAGAAGUUUUUUCCUUAGAAAAUAUUAAAGAAAAUCCACCAAUAAUUCAGGAACAGAAAAGACAUUCUCAAGAACCUAAAACACUGAGAUUAAUUAAAGUAAAACCCUGUUCCAACAAAAACACUCAGGUGAUUCCACUAAAUAAGUCUUCAGAAAGACUUACAGAUACAGUGCCUAAGAAAAAAAAGAAAGAACAUGGUUUCAUGCAGUUUCCUCAUGAAGAAAAUUUUGAAUUUAAAACAGAGACUCAAGAGCAACAUAAUUGGAGUGGUAAAUCAAAAAUAAUUCAAUCAAAGGCUUGCUUUGAAAAGACACUAAAAAUGAAGUCUCUUGACAAAAAGGAUCACAGUAACACCUAUAAGUUGAUGGUACAGGAAAAACCUGAAGCGGUAUUGUCACCAUAUCAAAGAAUUCCUAAUUGCAAGAUGCCAAAUGAAGAUGAGGAAUAUGUAAACCAAUUCACUUUACCUUCCAGGCAAAAUAAUAAUCUAACUUGCCUCAAUUCAGAGGCUGGAGAGAAAUCAAAGUUAGAAGACCAGUAUUGUCAGAGAUCGAAAGGAAAUAACAACAAUAAUAAAAAACAACAUUUAGAAAUAUUUGCACAUUACAAAGAAGAAAUACAAACCCUUUACACCAAACCAAAUGAACUUUGCAACGAAAAAUAUGCCUGGGUGCCUGAAUCACAGUUGCUUAAAAUUUUGAUAGCUGAGAAAAACUCAAAACCAUCUCUCUUCCCGGAAGUACUAAAGAGAGAAAAUCUAAAGCCCAAGGUCCGAAAAGAAAGAGAUUGUGUCAGCAAACAAAAAAAGUCAUCUAACAAGAUAGUUAGUGUAUUACCAACUACACUGCCCAGCACAGGAAUCCAUCUAAGAAAAUCUGUUCCAAGGACGUUGCUUCAUUGGACUGCAAGAAGAACUACACAUGAUUGUUCGGAUAGAUUUGAGGAAUUACAUGUGACUUCAUUUAAGCAUCUUGAAAAUGCAAAAUCAAGAGCAAGGCUUUUAGAAAAGAGCCCAGAUGAUAGCCAUAAUCAGUUCAAACGCUUCGCAAGACCAUAUACUGCUCCAGAGGUUAACAAAAGAGGAGAGAGCUACACUGGAAAAUUUACAAGUCCUCGAAUGGUUUCAGCAGGCUUAGUUCAUAUAAAUGAUUCAAUCCCAGAGUAUGAAAUCCAUAAAAUGCGGCCAAAAAAAAAAAUUAAAAGAGAAUAUUGAAAAAUGUUUGCUCAUUUGUGAUAUUAUCCAAAUGUUAAACAGUUCAGAAUGAUAUGUGAGGCCAAAA